AUGAGAAAUGUGUCCGUGUAACAAAAUAUUCCGAUUCAUUGUAUUCCUAAAAUGGAGAAUGUUGUGAUUACUGAUGUUUAAUCUAACCAUUGAUAUCGGGUUUUAAUUUGGAAAACUACAGCAAAGAAAUAUGUUGCAAAAGAAGAAACUUAAAUUACCCGAGGUGAAUAGGCUUUGCUACACAGAUUUCAUAGACACCUUCGGAAAUGUUGUGGAAAAAUGUCCCUUACUUGCAGCGAUGGUUUGGGAGGAUAACCCGUUCACAAGUUUAGAUGAUCUACAAUCAAAGUUUGAGAACGCCGUUGAUCAGCUUACUCUUACAGGAAAAUCAAGACUUCUGCGUCUCUUAUCUCCGUUUGGCGGGAAACUUGAACGUGCUGGAAAACUUUCACCAGAGUCAAAAAUCGAACGAGCCAGUGCUGGUCUGAACACUGUUAAUGCCGACGAAAGAAUAAGGCUUUCGGAGCUCAGUGCUAAAUACAUAACAAAGUUUGGUUUUCCAUUCAUUGUCUGUGCAAGAGAGAACACAAAAGAAUCCAUUUUAAAGGGAAUGGAAAGAAGACUGAAUAAUUCCGUAGCGGUUGAAGAAAAUACAGCAAUAACGGAGAUAAAAAAGAUCGCCAAUUUGCGACUGAGGGAUUUAGUUGAAGAUGCUUUGAUCUCCAAACUAUAGAACUAUAUUUGUUUGGUAGAAUCUGUCAGUCAAUGCUAUUAGAAAGGUUGUGACAUAUCACCUUCUAUUUUUCCAAAUAUUGUACGUUAUUUGGUAACAAAGGACAUCCAUAAUACAAACACGAAUAUUGUUUUGUAAAAAAACAAGAACGUUUGUCGAAUAAUCACUUUAAAUUAGCCGGAAUGAAUAUUGGUUGUUUGUUUGUUUGUUAGUUUGUUUUGGGUUUAACACCGUUUUCCAACAGUACAUUGUAUUUCAGUUAUGUAACGGCUGACAGUUAACCUAACCAGUGAUCCUGGAUUUUGUACUAGUACAAACCUGUUCUCCGCAAAAAAACUCGUUACUUUUAACUAAAUGUUUUCUCAUUUUACCGUAAGCGACUGCUAGGUACUUUAGAUAAAAGGAGGCAUUUAUAAACCGUUUUUGGUAAUUUCACCAUAGGAAAAGAACAAAACAUCCAAAAAUGCAAAGCAUCUUCCUGCUUAAGAAACAGAUGUCUUUUUUGUGUGGGAAUGAGGGGAUGUUUACAAUCUGACUUAAGUAUAUCUCCAGUUAACGCUACGCUUUGGAUCUGAAGACGUGUUAUUGACAGACUCGUUCUGACGACCCUUCCGCUAGCCAAUCAGAGCCUUGCUUUCAACAUUUUGAAAGUGAAAGUAGAAAGUUUAGAAAAUCUAUUUUUAGCCUGGGUGUUUCAUGUUUGUAUCAAUAAUUCUUAUGACGAUCACAUCAUGACUGCGCCCUCGUGUUUUGAAAGGUAUCAUAUGUCACGGUACGGACUUGUUCGCGUUAGGGGAGAAUAAUGUGUCAGGCAGCCGGUUAGUUCAGUCGGAGAGCACUUGCCCUGAAAGCGACUGCACAUUAUUCUCACCCUGUGACAUUCGGCGCUAUUUUUAUAGUUCAGCCAAAUGACAAGUCGUCUGAAUGGUUCAAAUAAAAAUAGAUUUGCGAAAAUAAAAAAAGCAGUAUGGAAGCCCAAAUAUACAUAAAGGUCAUCUUCAUACCUUCGUUCAGAAGAUCAAGCACUUUAAUUAGAUUGGGGAUGUUUAUCAUUUUAUGUAUUAUUUGCAUAAAUAUGUAUUUCUGUAUUGCCAUAAUACGUAUUUUAAACUUAAUGAACAACACUUACAAACUGCAGUUCAGUCUCCAAAGUCAAAGAAUUUCUAAAAUUUGAAAUAAAUCAGCAGUUUUCUCUUCAAAUCGUAACUACAGCAUAACAAAGGUUAUAAAAAUGUCAUUAUUGUUUCAAAAGCAUACCUUUGAUUCCAAAUAAAAAACACGAUAAUAUUAUAAGACACAGCUACAAAUUCUUAUUAUGGAGUUAUAUUUUUGUAGCCGUCCAAACAGCAUUCGCAACAAAUCAGCUGGCAAAUUAGUCUACUUUUUGUUGCUAGUGGAUGUGCCUAUAUCAAACCUAUGCAGCAUAGAUAUUUAUUAUCUUAUUCCGCUUAAAUUUAUACGCAAUAUAACUUAAGCGUAAAUCUUUGUAAGUUUCCAAUUUUUAUUAACCUAAGAUAUGGACGAAUGUACUUGUAUUUGUAUUUAGUUGGAUUAGAUUGUGUUAUCUUCUUUAGUCUAAGUCAUUCACCCGACUUUCAAAAUGCUACAGUAUGACAUACUAAUUAGUGUUACCUUACAUUGUCAUUGAGCCUUAUUUAGCUUCGUUAAUGUGCAUUCAUUUACGGAUAAAAAGAAUAUAAUUAUUCUAAAGUGGUUCCUUUACUGGGUGAAUACAACGAGCUUUAACGUUUACUCAUCGAUUUACUUAUGGAAACGGUUAUUAUACGUUGAUAGGUGAUCAUUUAUAUUUCGUUAAAGAUAAUUUUUGUUCAGUGGAGUUAACACCAUUGACUCUUCCAUUUAAAUUGGGAGUAGUUGUGAUUUUUAAUUGUCAUGUUUUUAGGCGUACGUACACCGUACGACUUUCUAAUUAUUUCAAGGAAGAAUAGGUGCCAGAUUAUAAUUUUGAAAUAAGAUAUAUGUAUUUUUAGAUAAAUAAUAAACAGCUUAUUUGUAUAAGAACCUAACUUACGAUCAACAUGCAGUACGAUGUCCACCAUCUUAUGGGUGUGGAUAUUAUUCUCUUCUUAUCGGACUUUGACCAUUUUCUUUCAGAAGAAAGGGAACUUUUAUCGAAGCUUUUAUGUUGCAGUAAAUAUAUAUAAACUUUUCGAAGCCGAGCUGGAAACUCUUAAGUUCAGAAAGACUCUUUUUAUCCGACAGUCAAUAAAAGCUGCAAAUAAUUGAAAAUUGCUUUCUAUACAAAAAUUAAUCAUUCAUAUUUUUAUUCAUCUGUAAUUUCAUUUGUAAAUUCCUAUCCCUCCC